AUGGCGUGGGCUAUGACCAAAUGGUAUAUGAUGGAGUGGGCUAUGGCCGAAUGGUAUAUGAUUGAGUUGGCUAUGACCGAAUGGUAUAUGAUGGAGUUGGCUAUGACCGAAUGGUAUAUGAUGGAAUGGGCCAUGACCGAAUGGUAUAUCAUGGAGUGGGCUAUGACCGAAUGGUGUAUGAUUGAGUGGGCUAUGACCGAAAGGUAUAAGAUGGCGUGGGCUAUGACCGAAUGGUACAUGAUGGAAUGGGUUAUGACCGAAUGGUAUAUGAUGGAAUGGGCUAUGACCGAAUGGUAUAUGAUGGAGUGGGCUAUGACCGAAUGGUAUAUGAUGGAGUGGGCUAUGACCGAAUGGUAUAUGAUGGAGUGGGCUAUGACCGAAUAG